ACCAUGGAUGCUGCACAGUGUACCUGCGGCUUUCUUGUGGGUUAGUUGCGCUUUGCCAUAGACUUCUAUUAUAUCUUGCAGGUGUAGUGCACUUUCAGAAAGCUCACCAAACACUCACAAUCAGGGGCGGACUGACCAUUUGGAAACUCGGGCACUGCCUGAGGGCCUGGGGUCAGUAGGUGGCCCCAUGAGAUGCCCCUGGUACCUUUUUCAUAGGCUUUUUUGUGUUUGGGCAAGGACACAGGGGCCCCAUGAUCCCCUAUUGCCCAGGGGCCCCAUGAGUUGUCAGUCCGCCCCUGGCGCUGGAUGGCUUUGUCCCGGCACUGAUCUCACAGUAAGUGGUUAUAUCCCGUACAUAUACAAACAUACUUAUACCUUUCUACACACCCAUAGCGCUCACUGACACCCCAUAUACAUAUACAAACAUACUGCAUGCAGAACCUCCACACUACAUUUCCCAUGCUAGAAUGUAAAGAAGUUUUUUGUGAUUCU